AUGACGGUGAUGACGUCGACCAUCACAAGCAAAACUUUGCCAUUCGUUCUUUGGGCAUGUUUAGCUUGGCCGACGAUCUCGGCGGGAGAGAGUACCCAAAUCGGAGAGCUCCUGGAUAAAAUCAAAAGACUCCCGCCGAAUGACAACGACAUCAAUGCAGUCAAUGUCUUGAAUUGCCUGCAGGAUUGUACGUGGAAACUUUUGAUCAGGGAGUACUCCGAUCACGACUAUCGCAGACUCACGGAUCAGGCCCUAGUGACGCGCUCCAUAUUCCGGGGAGGCUUAGGAGCGAGCAAAGAUCUCAGUGAGAUCAAGGAAAAUCAUACGCUUUUCAUGCAACAUUACGACAAUUGGAUGAAAACCGAUAGUUACAGACAGUGUUUAAUCAAUACCGGAAGCUUGGCUGCUGAGCCCAUGCCAGCAGAUGACCCCACUCAUCCUUGCAGGCGGAGAUGCCAGUGCAAUGCUGUGUACCACUACGUAUCGAAUUUCAAGCAUCGCGUUGGUGAUGUUCAGAAAAUCGCGCUCAAAUUUGACUAUCUGGAUGAAGUUUGGGUGCUGACUAGCGAGUACCAUCGGGACUUCGAACGCUACGAAAUCGCGAAGCACAUCUAUCCAGCCGACAUGGAGCUCCUCAAAGCCUAUUUCUCUUUGUGCGAAUGACUCCGUGGGAAAUUGCACGGAGCGUUCAUUUGCUGAAGGAAAUCGUCAGAAAUUCCACGAUUGUCU